GAAGCGGGUCCCCGUGUCCUGCGCGUGCAGUGUCUCCAGCACUCCUUCGGUGGGCUCGUGUGAGCCGGAUCACGGAGCCGGUCCGCGCGCACCCCGCGCUCUGACCUCCAGCCGUUCCCCCCGGUGCUCCGACAUGCUGCCGCCGGGAAACGGCUCCUCCGGCUGGACUCCGCCGGACCCGGACCCGGAGCGGUCUGCGGGCGGCGCGUCCGGAGCGGAGGCGGUGGUCGUGCCGGUGGUGUUCGGCCUGAUUUUCGUGGUGGGGUUGGUGGGGAACUGCCUGGUGAUGGUGGUGAUCUGCAGGGUGAGGGCCGGCGGGGGGGCAGGGGGGCGGCGGCCCGGCAGCCCCACCAACAUCUUCAUGGUGAACCUGAGCGCGGCGGACCUCCUCUUCCUCCUUUUCUGCGUCCCCUUCCAGGCCACCAUCUAUUCGCUGCCGCAGUGGGUGUUUGGAGCCUUCCUCUGCACCUUUGCGCACUACUUCUACACCGUCAGCAUGCUCGUGAGCAUCUUCACGCUCGUGGCCAUGUCCGCGGACCGCUACGUCGUCGUUGUGCGCUCAAACAAACCGCCGUACGUGCGCAGCCGCAGGAACGCGCUGGCCGCGGUGUGCGUAAUCUGGACUCUGUCUCUGGUGGUCUCGGUGCCGGUGGCGCAGCACCAGGUCCUCACCAGCCACCCCAGCGCCCCCAACAGCACCUUCUGCUGGGAGGAGUGGUCCGGAGCGGCCCGAGUCUCCUACAAGGUGUGCGUCCUGCUGCUGGGCUUCCUGCUGCCGCUGCUGCUCAUCAGCUGCUGCUACGCCAAG